AUGCCUAUGACAUUAGAGGCAGAGCCAGUCGUGCCACACAAGUCUACAGAAGUGAUCGCCCUUCUAUCUACCUAUGGAUCAGACGACUCUGACCUGGUUCUGUCCUCCUCAACAGAGUAUGCUAUGGACAUGGCUGCUCCAUCAAUAACAGCCCAACAAGAAGAAGAGGUGGUAGCCGUGAAUGUGGCUGAUCCGACGCUAAUAAACAUUCCGGUUGCCAUUCCUCUAGAAGAAGCUAUCACGAUGGUUUUCACGAAAGCCAAGCAUAGACUCUGUAUGUGGCACAUUAUGAAGAAGGUGCCUUCAAAGGUUAGUGUCGCACUAAAUCACGAUCCUAACUUCAAUAAAGUUAUCAACAAGCUCGUAUGGAACAUACAUAUUGGMCCAACGGAGUUCGAGACUCGUUGGCAUGAGAUGAUACAUCAAUACAAUGUAGGUGGGGAUACUUGGUUCACAGAGAUGUAUGAAAUCCGACACUCAUGGAUCCCUGCCUAUUAUAAGGACACGCCGAUGUAUGAACUAAUGAAAACAACAUCAAGAUCUGAGAGUUCGAAUUCGUAUAUUAACAUAUACGAAUCGUACUGGUUUGAUUUGGUUCAAUUCCUUAAUAAUUACGACGAAAUAAAGAAGGCUGUUUGGUUUUGUACUAUUGAGACCGUUGAAUGCCGGGAUGAGUUAAAGUCAUUCGUGAUAAGCCACAAGACCAAGAAAUUAUCUGACAAAAUUACGUAUCAGGUGUGCCGUAAUUACUCAACAACCACAGUCGAAUGUGAUUGCAACCUAUUUACGCGUAACGGGUAUCUUUGUCGUCACGCGUUCAAGAUACAAUCCUCAAGAGUUCGUUAUGGGGAGGUUGAUGCCAAAAAAGAUAAGUGUAUAAUUGAUGUAUAUUCCAAGGUCGACGACAUAGUAAGCAUCACCCGCAAUGAUAAAUCUAUAUUGGCUAGACUGGGGCGUAACCUCGACAAAUUCAUGGGUGAUAUAGAGAAGGAAGUUCCAUACGAAGACCCAUCCCAACAAAAGUUGGAUGCGAUUAGAGAUCAUCUAGGUGUUUCCAUACCUAAUGAGGUGGACAUUCUACCACCAUCUGGAAUAAGGAACAAGGGUUGUGGCACUGGCAAGAGGAUG